AUGCCAGGACCGUCGGCUAAACAUACACUGUCCACGAAGAUCGACGAAAUCUUCAAGUCAUACGAAGCUCGCACUUCCAAACCGUCAGGAAGACAUAUUCCUUACAGGGCUGCCUGGUCUCCCGACACGAUUGAUAGCAGAAUGUACCUACUCAAUCUUCACAGAAGCAUUACGGACUACAUUGCAGAAUAUCUUCAAAACAAAGGGUUCCCUGUUAUCAUGUCGCCCUGGGUACCGGGCCAGCUUUAUGUGGUCUCAGAGAGUCCCUGGGCUAUUAGUUCAUCACUUCCGACCUCACACCAAUUCUCUGUGGAAGAAUAUUUUCUCAUCUCGGAUGAAGAACGUGCGGUUGUUGAACACUCACGAUUCCAACUGCCCAGCCCAGGGUGGGCAAGAAUAAAACAUGGCAAGUACAAGAAUGCUAUAGGCUAUGUCACCAGCUUGAAAUUGAAGGACGGACAAUCUGGACCUUUUGUCUCGCUCUUAGUUGCUUUACAGGACUUUCCCUAUGACAUGCCCAAGGGAUCUGUGGCGCUGCUAGACCGAUCUCGCCUUCCAGCUGGCAAGGAGUUAUCUGACAUCAUUAUCGAUCAAAAAGUCAUAGGAUGCUCGUACAAAGGAGAACAGUAUUACAUGGGGCUGUUGCUAAAAAAAUUUCACCGCGAUCUCUUAGACUUCGUAACCACGCCUCACCCCGACGAAAUCCGACUACACAUUCAGUCAGGAUGGGACACACCUUUCGUGAAGAUUACUCAGCAGGCAUUUUCGAUGGGGUUCCUGCGCACAGGCAACGCAGCCAGGGUCAUUACUGGAGAACUUGGUGCCGAGAUUGGUGAAGUCGUCUUGACAGACCACAACUCCGUGCGUUUGGAAUUCAACAUCGAUGGACACAAAACGCAAUGGGAAGUUUGGCUCCAGGACGUAGACCAUGUGUUUCGGGUCGGCGAUACCGUUCGAGUCGUAGCGGGUAUAUACUUGGGUCUAGAAGGUUACAUUGUUAGAAUGUCAGAUGAUGUAUUUCAUAUCUGUCAAGCCUCUACCAAUGAAGAGGUCGAGGUUCCAAAGUACUACGUGAAUCGUUGUCCUUUGAAACACACACUCCACGCACAGCUGCCAACACAGCAAUUUUUUGAACCUCCCCCUGACAUUGAUACCAUUUAA